AGUGAGUGUCUGUGAGAGCCAAUGGAUAACAAGAGAACAAAAGGAGUAUUGAAUCACAAAAUGGCGAACACUUCGGUCCACAAGAGGAAAGACGGCGGACCUAACCAUCGAUUCUUCGAGUCCUCGGAAACCAUUCAGGCCUUCGAGACAGUGAGACAAUGGCUGCAGAAGAACUGCAAGAAAUUGAUUCAGGCGGACCCGCCCACCAACAAGAGUCUGUCGACUCUAGUGAUCCAAUUGAUCCAAUUCCAAGAAGACACCUUUGGUCGCACUGUAGUGAAGCCGCCAUUGACUCGACUGCCGAUGAAGUGCUUUAUGGACUUCAAAGGCGGCGGCGGUUUGUGUCGGAUAUUGGAGUCGGUCUUCAAGUUUAAGUCAGACCAGGGAUGGCGUCGAUUCGACUUCUCUUCGCCCUCGAGGAUGGACCGCAACGUCGAGAUGUUUAUGGGAAUCGAGAAGUUCUUAGUGAACCACAAAUGCUUCAUUGAGCCCAACGUCUACUUCGCUCCAGAAGUGGACAAACAGUUAGUACUGAAGCUCAAGGACAUCGUCAAGAGACAUCAGGGAAAGGUUGUCGAGACGCCCGAUGAGGCCACACAUGUCGUUCAUCCGCCCCUCCCGCACAAUGGCGAGUGCGACGAUUGGAUCCGAUUAGUGAUGAGACGCGACAAAUGCGCGCUUCUUCACUGGUGGCAAACGCCCGAUAGUUAUGAUAAUUGGGUGACCGGUGUUGACAUCGACGUCGAGCCCGAGUCGCCGCACACCAAGUCUGGACCCUUUGAGGUGAGCGCGCGUUGGAUCACAGAUUUGGAUGAAUAUAACGAAUGGAUGAACGAAGAGGACUACGAAGUGGACGCCGACUCUCCCGGCAAACGGAAGUCCCCGCGCGGCAAGUAUUCGCUCGAAGAACUCUUGGCGUCGGACGACAAACGCGAACGAAAGAGCGGCUCAUCCGUGAAGGGAAAGCGGAGGCGCUCUCCCUCUCCGCCUUUGGAUAAGAAAAGGCGCGGCAAAGGGAGCGCUAGGAGUCCGGCGCCCGCGUCCACCAGUAAGAAGAAGCUGUUCAGAGGUAAUGACGAGGACUCGGAAGACUUGACUAAAGAUAUGGACGAACCCUCUCCUGAGCCUAACCUCCAAGAAAUCAGUCUUCCGAGGAAUACAACGAACCCUCGAAGCAAUAAAGACAACGAGUCGGCGCCCAUCAAAGGCGGGGCUCUCAUCGAUCUCGACAGCAAUGACGCCGAAGAGAAGAUACCGCCGGAGGACAGGAACGGUACGAGUAAACUGAUAGCCCAAGCGAUGUCUCCCAACUCGAGUCGAAUGGCGAGCGAAAGGCAACCCAAAGACGAUUCAGCCGAUGAUAACGUGACAGAACAGGCGAAUCACAUCAUAAUCCCCUCGUAUUCCUCGUGGUUUGACUACAACUGCAUCCAUGCGGUCGAGAGGAGAGGUCUCCCGGAGUUCUUCAACGGUCGCAACAAAUCCAAGUCACCGGAGGUGUACAUCGCGUACAGGAAUUUCAUGAUCGAUACCUAUCGGCUCAACCCCACAGAGUAUCUGACAGUGACUGCCGUUCGGCGUAAUAUUGCGGGCGAUGUGUGCGCUAUAAUGCGAGUGCACGCCUUCCUGGAGCAGUGGGGUCUUGUCAACUACCAGGUCGACGCCGACUCACGGCCCACACCCAUGGGUCCGCCCUCUACCAGUCAUUUCCAUGUGUUGGUCGACACGCCAUCGGGCGUUCAGCCUCUGAACCCCCCGCGCGCUCAACAAUCAGCCGCCUCUCAAAUGCUGAAUAUGACCGCCAAAGAGGGCGUUCCCGAUGUGAAGAGUGAGGACAAAAUGGGUGCGUCUGCUCUGAGUGACAACUUCGGUCUAAAGAUGGAUCAAUACGCCAAGAAAAACGCGUACUUCAAGAGCAAAGCGGCGGCCACUCUGUCGCGCGAAUGGACAGAACAGGAGACGCUUCUGCUUCUCGAAGGACUCGAGUUAUACAAAGACGACUGGAAUAAAGUGUGUGAACACGUCGGCAGUCGUACUCAAGACGAGUGUAUUUUGCAUUUCCUUCGGUUACCCAUUGAAGACCCAUAUCUGGAAGACUCGGCCGGAGUUCUCGGACCACUCGCUUACCAACCGAUUCCUUUCUCAAAGUCUGGAAACCCUAUUAUGUCUACCGUUGCGUUCUUGGCCUCAGUCGUCGACCCAAGGAUUGCAUCGUCGGCUGCGAAGGCAGCGAUGGAUGAGUUCUCGAAGAUCAAGGAUGAGGUUCCGGUCGCUCUAAUGGACGCUCACAUUAAGAACGUUGAGGCGGCUGUUGCUUCUGAGGGCAAUUUGGACCCCAAAGUUGGACUUUCUAUGACUGGAAUCGCCGGCACUUCUGACAAAGAGGAAGAAGAGACAAAGACUGACAAAGAAGUGACUGAAGAGAAGAGUGAAAAGGAUUCAAAUGAUUUGAAUUCUGUUGGCGAGAAACCAACGCUUCCAACAGAGGAGGCCAUGGAUGUCGACAAACCAAAGGAAGAAAAGAUUGCUAACGAAGAGGAAAGCACUACCGCUGAGUCCGAGAAGAGUGCGACCGAACAGACGGUGAAGUCGGAGAUAAACAAAGAAGAGGUGGAAAAAGACAAGAAUUUGAAAGAAUCUCAGAUAUCGAUCGCAGCGGCGGCUGCUUUAGGUUCGGCUGCAGUCAAAGCGAAACAUUUGGCAGCCGUUGAGGAGAGAAAAAUAAAGUCUUUAGUCGCUCUUCUUGUCGAGACUCAGAUGAAGAAAUUGGAGAUAAAACUGAGACAUUUCGAGGAAUUGGAAGCUAUUAUGGAUCGCGAGAGAGAAACUCUCGAAUACCAGAGACAGCAACUGAUGCAAGAGAGACAGCAGUUCCAUAUGGAACAGCUGCGCGCCGCAGAGUUCAGGGCCAGACAACAGGCACACGCCAUGUUUGCCUCACAACAGGGCUCACAACAGCCACAGGCUCUCAGCCAAACAGCUCCAGAAGUGGAUGCACUGCAAGGUUCGCAACAAAGAUCUGUUCCGCCCGUUGUUACGCCGUCAGCGCCGGUCGUGAGACCACCGCCGCCUAUGGCUUAUAAUCAAUGGCAAAGACCGCAGAUAUCGACACCGCAGCAAAUGGCACAACCGAUCCCACAACAGUCACAGCCGGCGCCACCACCACAACAAUCACCACUACAUCAGGCAAUACUGGGCCCUCCGACGCAUACAAUGGUUGGUCAACCGCCUCAUUCUCCUGUUCCCCCGCAGCAGCCAUUACCCAAAUGAUCUCAGCAUU